GUUGGCGCCGGUGCGGCCCAGCGCCAUCACCACCCUGUCGGUAUGGUCGAUGAAUCGGCCAAGCUUCCUGUCCGUCGAGGAUGUCAAGAUGAAGAAAGGGGAGCCCAUUUACAGGAAACGUCGCGGAAGGAGGUGGAGAUGGCACGAGCCGAACAAGACUUGGGUCGAGCUCUUCAAGUACGAGUACCUGCCGGAACCCGACAGAUCCAACAGUACUGAGCUCGUCGUGCAGCUGUACAGGAUGCGCCAGAUGCAUCUGAUGCUGAAGUUCAUCCCGAUGGCGAUGAACUCUCCCGUGUUUGGCUCGCAGCACGUUAUCGCCAUCGUGCGCAAGAUGCGGCUGCUGAAAGGAACUCUCGGGGGCAGGCUCCAGGAUAGAGGCCAGAAGGAGGAGCUGAGGAGCACGCACGUCAAGCUUCUCGAAGAGUUCGCGAGCCGCGGCGCCUCGCUGCUGCAGGCAUCGCCUCCGGAGGGCGCCAGCGCGGACCUUAUAUUCGAGACGAUCUUCAACAUCGCGGAGCUGAAGGAGUUGGUGCCCCAAUUCAUUCCACUGGUGUCGGCCUUGAGCGUGCACGCGCGCAACGGGGUGGACGACGUGGACGGCAGGAAGGUUGCCCGGGUCAUUUACGCCAUAGCUGAAUUAAGACACGAAGUGCCAGAGCUAAAGGAUACAUUGUUGCCAGCCUUGAUUCUGCACAAGUCGUGGCAACGGUGGAAGAUGUUUUGGCUGCAGUCCGGCAGUGCCGGGGUGGCACCAGAGCACUCGCGAGUAAUGAACGCCCUCAACAAAAUGAAGAAUGAAGUUCCCUAUCUCAGAUCAGUCUUGGAGACGUGA